AUGGGGAAGUUGAGAAGAGUCAGUUUCCUCACCCACCGACGGGAUGACGCAGAAGGAAUCUCAAAAGAGGUCAGGGAGGAUCUAGAGAAACAACUGGCCGACAGACAGUCAACCAUCGAUUCCUUAGAGAAAAGCCUGCUCAAAAGACAGAAUGAGUGCUCUCUGCUCGGCAAAAACACGGAAGUGUUGAAAAAGCAAUUGAAGGAGUUGAAAGCCCAGCGCGUCGCGUAUGGGUAUGAGAUUUCUGGUCUUCUCGUCGAACUUGAGCAGGAAUUCAAGGCAAAAAAUGAUGCUGCCGAAGAAACCACAGCAGCUCGUACGCAGGAGCUUGAGGAAUCCAAGAAAGCCCAGGCCGUACUGGAGGAACACCUGCAGGCAUUUCAGGAGGGGAGAAACCCUCACGAGGAAGAGCUGCAGCGAGUGAAGGAGCAAAUGGCUCAGGUAAACCAGGAGAAUGAUGAGAAGAUCGAAUCUCUGAAGUUGAUGGUCUCCGAGGCCGAGAAGAAGUUACAAGCUACUCAAGAUGAGCGGGAUCAACUGCGCGCAGAGCUUACUCAAGCGAAGGAGAUGCGCGACAGUGUCCAAGCUGCGCUGGAGCAAGAGAUUGCCGGCCUUAAAGACAGACUCGCCGAGACCGACCAUGGAUAUCGCGCUUUGCAGGCCGAUAGAGAUGCUGAAGAAGGCCCAUUGAAGGACAAGGUGGCCGCGCUGGAACUCCAGGCUGCCGAUGCUGAACAGAAGCUGGCGACUAUCGAGGCCGAGCGAACGACACUGGCCAACGAGUUGACUGAAUUGAAAUCGGGCGUUGAAGCCCAGGGCAGUACAGCAAAGGAAGAGACCGAGACUCUCAAAGCUUCGGCAGCCGAGGCGGAACAGAAGCUGCAAGCUCUCCAGGAGGAGCGAGAUUCUCUCAGCAAACAGUUGGCUGAGGCCAAUGAUGCUGCCAACACAGCCGACGCCACAUUGAAGGGGGAGCUGGAAACCAUCAAAGCUCAAUUUGCCGAUGUCGAGCAGAAAUCCAAGGUUGCUGAGGAUGAGCGCGACGCAAUUUCCAAAGAGCUACUUGAGCUGAAGGAAAACCAGGGCGUUGCAGGCUCUUCGCUUCAGGAUGAGAUUUCAAGCCUCAAGGCGCAACUUACGGAGUCCGAACAAAAUCUCCAGACUGCCCAGGAGGAGCGCAAGAGUGUCGAUGAUGAAUUGGCCGAGAUAAAGAAACAGUUGCUCGAGGUCAAGGAAGAACACGAUGCCCUGGAGGGUUCACUCAAGGACGAGAUCUCAGCACUAAAAGCACAGAUUUCUGAGGCGGAAGGCAAACAAUCAUCGAUAAAGGAGGCUUCCGCUAAGUUGGAGGAUGAGCUCGCAGCUUCUGAAAAGGCGUUGGAGGAGCAAAAGGUUGCCUUGGCUGUUGCUGUGUCGAAUCACCAGACCUCAAAGGAGGCCUACGAAAAAUUGCAGGCAGAUUCUAAGGCAGAGUUAUCGUCAUACAAGACGGAGAUGAGCGAUCUGAAUGCUAAACUGGCCGAUCUGGAAGGUAUCAACGAAGAACUGAAGAAGGGUGCGACUACGGACCUUGACGGGGCACAGAAAGAAGCCCUGGAGUGGAAAGAGAAGCACGACGCCCUUCAAAAUGCCCACGUAACCUUGGCUAAGGAUGCAGAGGCGUCGAAACAGCAAAUUACAGACGCCCAAGACGAGACAGUCUUGAUUCAGUCGAAGUUAUCGGACCUGGAAAAAGCAUACGAGUCUUUGAAAGGUGAUCUGUCAGAGCUCGAAGCUUUAAAGAAGCAGCUGGCCGAUGCCGAGGAAGAAAAUAAGUCUAUUCAAUCAAAACUUUCGGAAGCAUUGGAGGGCAGUUCUUCGGAUCUCGAGGCUACAAAAAAGGAGUUGGAGGAUUGGAGGGAGAAGCAUACUGCUCUUCAGGCCACCCAUGACUCCUUGGUCGAAAGUACGAAGGCGCAACUUGAUGCUGCCGACAAGGAGAAGGAAGCCGUCCAGGCAAAGCUUGCAGAGCUUGAGAAAGAUCAUGAAUCAGCAAAGGCCGACAUAGAGCAACUCGAGGCUACCCGAAAAGAUUUGGAGGCCUGGAAAGAGAAGCAUGAUGCUCUCCAAGCCACUAACGAGGACCUGUCCAAGACAUCCGAUGCCACCGCCAAAGAAUUACACGACGUAAAAGAGGACCGGGACUCAUCCCAAAGCAAACUUCUAGAGGCAGAAAAGGCCAUCGAGGAACUUAAGAACAACUCAUCUGCGGACGUCGAUGCCUCCAAGAAGGAAGUCGAGGAGUGGCGGGAGAAGCAUGAUGCUCUGCAAACUUCCCAUGAUGAUUUGCACAAGACCUCUGACGCUGCGGCCAAAGAGUUGAUUGAAAUCAAAGAGAGUCGGGAUUCGAUCCAAUCUAGGUUGUUGGAGGCAGAAAAACUCAAUGAAGAUUUGAAAUCAGGAGGCUCUGCUGAUCUAGAGGCUGCCAAGAAAGAAGUCGAAGAAUGGAAGGAGAAGCACAGUGCUCUUGAGGCAACACGAUCAACAUUAAGCGAGACAUCGGAAGCCACAGCAAAGGAGCUCGCCGAGACCAAGGAAAAGCACGAUGCUCUGCAGACGGAGAUCUUGGAGAUCAAGAAGCUCAAUGAAGAGCUCCAGUCUGGAGUCGCUGCUGACCUUGAGGCUGCUAAGAAGGAAGUGGAAGAGUGGAAGGGAAAGCACGGCGCUCUUGAGGCCACACAGUCGACUUUGAGUGAGACAUCAGAGGCUGCAGCGAAGGAACUUGCUGAGGUCAAGGAGAACUAUGAGGCCUUGCAAGCGGCGCAGAAUACCCUGAUCACAACUUCGGAGGCUAUUUCCAAGGAGCUAGCUGAGAUGAAGGAGAAACAUGAGGCUCUCCAAGCUGAAAUAUUGGAAGUCAAGAGAACCAACGAGGAUCUCCAGUCUGGAGGCUCUGCUGACCUCGAGGCUGCUCGCAAGGAAGUAGAAGAAUGGAAGGAAAGACACAACGGCAUUCAGCUUGCUCAAGAGGAAACGAGUAAAAAGUCGGAAUCACUGGCCACGGAGUUGGCUGAAGCGGAAAAGAAACACCAAGCGCUCCAAGCUAGUUUAUCCGAAGCUGAGAAUGCCAACGAAAAGCUCAAGAAUGAAGGGACCUCAGAGCUCGAAGCUGCGAAGAAAGAGAGCAAUGAGUGGAAAGAAAAGCACGCCUCUCUCCAAACACAACAUGAAACUCUCACGGGAGAGGCUCAGACGGCAACAAACCAGCUCAAAGAAAUCGAAGAAAAGAAUCAAGCCAGCCUAACUGAGAAGAAUUCCGAAUUGAAUAAUGCAAAGGAGGCAGCCGAAGCAUUCGAGGUGAAGCUCAAAGCAUUGUCCGAAGACCAUGAAUCUUUAAAGAAGGAGCAUGAGUCGCAGGUUGAGAAACUGGAGGCUAGUCUCAAGGAGCACAUGGCAGGCAGUGAGAAGGUGAAGGCUAUUGAAGAUGAGCACGAACAAUUGCAGAAGAAGCACGAAGAACAGACUGCAAAACUGUCGGACCUCACUUCCCAACUCGAAGCAGCCGAGGGCAAGGCCGCGAAAGCAGAAGAAGGGAUUGAGUCUCAGGCGAAGGAAAAAGCUGAACUCGAAGCCAAGAUUUCUCAGCUCGACUCGGAAGCCCUCCAGUCCCAAAAAGAGGAGGCCGAGCUGAAAGCCCAGCUUCAGGAGGUCCAAAAGAAGCUGCAAACCGCUGAAGAUGAGAUCAAGAUUUCCAAAGGGCUUGAAACCGAAAUCAUGUCGAAGCUUCAGGAAGCCCAGAUCAAUCUCUCGACAGUAGAGGAUGAGAAGAAAGGCGCAUUUGACAAGAUAGCUGCGAUGGAAAAGAAGCUCCAAGAGUUUGAGGACACGAAGAAGGAAGUUGAGGAGAACGCGUCUACCAAGAAAGACAAUGGCAAGGAGGGUGAAACCCCUUCUGCCACGCCCAACCAAGAAGCUGACUCCGACGCACCUACGCCUAAGGCUGAUAACUAG